UGUUCGAUUUUAGACAAGUGGAGACGUUUCCGCAGCGGCCGCGCGCUGGAUUAGCUGCACUUGAAUUCUAUCGAUGUAGGCUGGUAUCGGGCGGUGGUAGUUAGUGAAGGGCAGGUUCAGGGGCACGCUGCGUCAUCGCGAUGCACUUUUAGCCGUUCGUGAUUGCGCUACGAGUGCAGCAUUAUAUUAUUGCCUGCUAGUUUGUAGGAAGUGAUAUCGCUCGCGCCUCUCAGUCCCUUCGAUUCGUUUCAUUGUAGUUUUAUCAAACAUCGACUUGUUCUCUGUGUUUCGUGUGUCAAGUGUGAAGUUAGCUAAGGUUUACAAAACCUUACAGUUUACAGUCACGAAUAUUACCUAAAUUCAAGUAAAAAAAUAACGUAACUUGUCUUUAAUUAGUCGGUGGAUAAUUUUUGUUAGUAAAUAGAGAUAGAUUGUGCAGUGGACUACAGAGAGGAUUAUAGAGUGAGCGUUUCGCGUCAGUGUGUGAGGAAAAGAGCCGGUGGAACAGUGUAAUCGGAUCAGUGCAACCCUGCACCUGCAGGCCGGCCGCGGGCCCGCGCUGCUCUCCGCUGCGCCGCAGAUAGUUUUGUUUUUCAUCCGUCGUAUUCGAACCCGUAAUCACUGCCUCACCAGUGCUCGCAGUCUGUACUCGUAAUUAAAUGUCUGCAUCAAGAAAAUCGUUACCGCGCUUUGUUAUAGAAAUUUCCAAAACAUUUGGUUGGGAUAUGUAUAGGUACGCCCCUUACCGUAAAUGUUACAAGUAGGCGGGCGCAGUGUUUUUAUAGAUUCUUCAUUGUUAAAUCUAAUCACGUGAGGUUCACUACUUGUACUACCAUAUCGUGCUACAGUUCAACACCUUAAAUUGCUACAGCUUAAUUUGAAGUACAUAUUACGAGUGCAAUUAACGAAUAAGUUAUGGAUUAUGAUGUUAGGUUUGGGGUAGUCAGGCAGGCGGGUUGUAGAAGAUAGAACCUGUCACCCUGGGUGGUGGUAGUAUAGUAGAUUGCGAGCGGAGUGCGUCGCCUGCCUAGUGCGUGUGUCGGGUCGCGGUGUCGUCGCUAGUCGCGGUCGGCAGUCGGGUGUGACAUCGUCGCGCGGAGUGGUCGCGUGUGUCGCGCGUCACGCGAUCGCGGCAUGGCGCGCGAGUACGCGCGUGUGCAUGAGUUCUACCUGCCGCUGCACGAGCUGCAGCCGCCCGCGCAGCACUACCAUCCGUAUGAUCUGCACCCGGCCGGCGCGAGCGCGGCGCCGGCGUAUGAGCUGACGGCGGGCGCGGGCGGCGGAAGCGCGGGCGCGUGCGCGGAAUCACCCGGCACUCUCGCGCACGCGCCGCACCAGCCUGCCAUGCAGCAGUCGUCACAUCAACAUCACCAUGAUCCCCGCAAAAGAAAGACUUCACAUUAUAGUUCGGAGAGCUACGAGAUGUCUAGCUGCGAGGCGGGGCUGGCGGCGCCGCCCGCGCCGUUGCACGCGCCAGCCAGCGCCACACGCAAGAGAAAGCCGUCCUCCUUCGGUACGGGCAGCGCGUAUGACGAUGAUGGCGGCGACGAUUCGCGCUCCACUCGCACCCUUCCUGACAAAAAACAGAACCACAGCGAGAUCGAGAAGCGGCGGCGCGACAAAAUGAACACGUACAUCUCAGAGCUGAGCGCCAUGAUUCCCAUGUGCGGCGCCAUGGCGCGCAAGCUGGACAAGCUGACGGUGCUGCGCAUGGCGGUGCAGCACCUGCGGUCGGUGCGCGGCGCGCUCUCCGCCUGCCCGCUCACGGCGCGGCCGCGGCCCGCCUUCGUGUCGGAGCGCGAGCUCAACCAGCUCAUCCUGCACGCCGCACACGACUCCUUCCUGCUGGUGGUGGGCUGCGACCGCGGCCGCCUGCUCUACGUGUCCGCCUCCGUCAAGCAGAUGCUGCACUACGACCAGACAGAGUUGCUCGGCCAGAGCCUGUUCGACAUCCUGCAUCCCAAAGACGUGGCCAAGGUGAAGGAGCAGCUGUCCUCCUCCGACCUCAGCCCUCGCGAGCGACUCAUCGAUGCCAAAACCAUGUUGCCGGUGAAGGCGGACGUGCAGGCGGGCGCGUCGCGGCUGUGUCCGGGCGCGCGGCGCUCCUUCUUCUGCCGCAUCAAGUGCAAGGCGACGGCCGAGGCGCCGGCGCCCGAGCCCGUGCCCAUCAAGGAGGAGGCCGAGCCCACCGCCAAGCUGCGCAAGAAGUCCAACGAGAAGAAGUACUGCGUCGUCCAGUGCACCGGGUACCUGAAGUCGUGGGCCCCGGCAGAGAUGUCGGAGGGUGGCGGCGGGGGCGGGGGCGCCAGCUCGGCCGAGGUGUCGGACGACGGCGAGCAGUGCAACAUGUCGUGCCUGGUGGCAGUGGGCCGGGCGCUGCCCGACCUGGCGCCCGCCGCCGCCGCCUUCGUCUGCCCGCCGCCGCCCACGCGCCAGCUACAGUACGUCUCGCGGCAUGCGCCUGACGGCAAGUUCCUCUUCGUCGACCAGAGGGUGACGCUGGCGCUGGGCUUCCUGCCUCAGGAGCUGCUGGGCACGAGUCUGUACGAGUACGUGAGUGGGCCGGAGCUGAGCGCGGUGGCACGCACGCACAAGACGUCGCUGCUGCGCCGCGACCCGCUGCAGACGCCGCCAUACUCCUUCCGCAAGAAGGACGGCACCUUCGCGCGCCUGCAGACACACUUUAAACCCUUCAAGAAUCCGUGGACGAAGGACGUGGAGUGCCUGGUGGCCAACAACACGAUCGUGUCGGAGGCGCACGCCGGCGCGCACGCGGACGCCGCGCACUCCUCCUACGACAUGUACAAGCAGAAGGCCGACGUGGAGAUGCAGCGGCUCAUCGAGUCGCAGGUCGAGUCCCACAAGAUCGGCAGCGCCAUCGCCGAGGAGGCGCUGCGCCGGUCCUCCUCCGAGUUCUCGCCCGACCUGCCGGCCGACCUACUGCAGGACGCCGUCUUCAACCAGAACUGGCCACUAAAAGCCAACAUCCUGUACGAGCAGGCGUCGCUAGUGGACAACAUCCUGGGCGUGGACAUGUCGGGCUACAGCCAGGUGCGCAACAACGUGCCGCUGAGCGCCGCGGCCGAGGGCUCGCCGCCGCCGGCCGGCGCCGCGCCGCCCGCCUCCUCGCCGCCGCCCGCCUCGCCGCCGCUGCCGCCGCUCGGCCUGGACGGCAACGGGGAGGCCGCCAUGGCUGUCAUCAUGAGCCUGCUCGAAGCCGACGCCGGCCUCGGUGGGCCCGUCAACUUCUCCGGUCUGCCGUGGCCUCUGCCCUAGAGCUCUCAUUGGUAGCACAUUGUUGCCAUGCCUGUGAGCUGAUCGUUAACAUUGAAACGUAUUUAGGUCAGUAUGCUGAUUGUUGCUCAUCCUCGAAGCCAUCAAAAUAAGUAAAUUGAUGCGUUUUGACUUUUAUUGAAGUACAACUAAGUAUAAUGGAACCAAUGAAACGUAUCAACGUGUCCUGGUGGUCCUAUUUAAUAGUAU